AAAAUAAUUUAAGAAGAGGUCAAUUAAAUGUGAGUCCAGAGCUGAGACAUUGACUUCCAACUCCGAAGCUGUCUCUCCAUGAUCAUGGCAAUUAAGUCCAACGCCAACUCCCAUGGAUGGCUCCAUCUUUCCAUGUCUCCACAUCUACCAAGUCCCCAGAGCCCCAUGAGACACAAGACCUGGAAAAGUGUAGCCCUUGAUUUGGUCCAUGACUUCCUCUUUCCCAUGAAACCUGAGCAUCUGCAAUGUCAACCCAUUGCAACCAUGCAUCUCACCCUGAAAUCCUCUAUUCGAUUUCAUGAACAUAGCCCAACUCCAUGCUGCUGACAACGUUUUAUAUGCAGUGGAAAGAGAAAGGCCACAGGAAAAGGACACAGACAGCAAUCCCUAUACAGAAGAAAGCAGCACAGGAACAUGAAACUCCCUGCAGUGCAACCGGCAAGUGUGUAGAAAAGAUCAAGCAACUAGCAAAAGAUGGUGGUUGGGAGAUCUGCAACUCCACUCUGUCUUGGUUUCAUGGGAGAGGAAUUAAUGGGGGUAUUGAGCUUGCGGCAGAAAAGUUGCUGUGGAAAGUCAAAUGGAAGGGAAGAAGAAGAAGAAGAAGCAGCAGCAGCUUUGGAUUUGGUGAGAGUGGGAGUUCCUAAAAGAUUCAUCUCCUCCCAAAAAAAAAAAAUGGCAGAAGUACCUUGCCAUGUUCAUUGCCAUUGAAUACAAGUCCUGGCAGAUACAAGCAACACCCAACUCACUGAGCUUGUUUCUUUAUUGUGUUGCUCCCACCAUCCAAUUGUAAUGAGCUCAUUUAUGUCUGACCCCAUCAGCUGACACACCAUUAAUCUCUCCACCCAUCAAGGAUCCUCAUCUGUCCAGCUUCCUCAAACUGACCUGCAAAAUUUGUGUUCUCCUUGUUCUCUUCUUGCAGCGAAGAGAACAAAUUGCUACGACCCAUCCUCCGGUAGUGCCCAUUGCAUCAGACACAGGCACCAGAUAUGUUUCCUGAGAUCGAUGAUGUGGUUCUGGAAGUGAGGGUGCUCUCAAACAAGACAACAAGAUCUGGUUAGUAUCAGCUUUAUCUCUCUCUCUUAUCUCUUCUCUCUUCGAGCUUUUCCUUUGAUCAGAACAUGAACUUGGCCUUGCAUGCAAGCAUGAAACAGGGGAGCCUUCUCUCUCCAGUUUCACUCCCAUUGCCUUCUUUCACACCAACACCACCACCACCUCCUCCUCCUCCUCCUACCAUUGUUAAUUUUGAGAACAGAAUUUCUCCCAGCAUCCUCCUCAUAAUUGUCAUUCUAGCAGUCAUCUUCUUCAUCUCUGGUCUCCUCCACCUCCUUGUGAGAUACCUCCUGAGACCCAACAACAGGGAGCCAGAUGCCAUGAGCAAUGCCACAGCUCUCCAAGGUGAGCUUCAGCAGCUGUUUCACCUCCAUGAUGCAGGAGUGGAUCAGUCCUUCAUAGACACCCUUCCUGUCUUCCAAUACACGUCCAUUGUAGGCCUGAAAGACCCAUUCGAUUGUGCUGUGUGCCUCUGCGAGUUCGAAGCUGAUGACAAGCUCAGGCUGCUUCCCAAGUGCAGCCAUGCCUUCCACGUACAGUGCAUAGAUACUUGGCUCCUGUCCCACUCCACUUGUCCUCUCUGUAGGAGAAGCCUUCUUUCUGACUUCUCUCCUACCAUGAGCUGUAGUCCUACAUUUCUCGUUCUCGAGACUGGUAGUGAUAGCUCAAGGGAGUCCGUGUCAACUGCAAAUCUUGGUGUCUCCGGAGAGACUGACUUUGAGACUUCGAUCGAUGAGACAUCACAAAAGCCAGUCGAAGUUGCAGCAGUCCCAGUUUCAGAGUUUGCAGAGGCCAAAGUAGUGCCUGUUAAGCUUGGAAAGUUGAGAAGUGUGGAUGUCGGUGAAGGAGAAGGUCAAGCAACUACUAGCGGCAAUAGCAAUCUGGAUCAAAGGAGAUGCUUCUCCAUGGGUUCCUAUGAGUAUAUGAUGGAUGAGAGCACUUCGCUCCGAGUCACCAUCAAACCAACCAAGAAGAAGCCAUCUCUCAAGAAUCCAGGCCACCGGGUUGCCAUGUCCGAAUGUGAUUGCCACUCAGCAAGAGAGGGAUUCCAAGUGUUUGAUGCAUUAAGAAAUGCCGAGUUUGGAACCGGUGAUGGUAAUGCUAAUCUACACAGGAAAGAGAGCUUUUCUGUAUCGAAGAUAUAUCUGCGCUCAGGGAAAGAUGAACCGAUUGCCGAGGAUGGUUCAAGGCGGGCUUCGUCUUUCCGAUUGCCACUGCACUUGGAAAGAGAUGAGAUCAAGCUGAAGAAGAGCAAUGAAUCAUAUUCGGAUGUGGAGGCUGGGAACUGCAACAGCCAUGUGGUGUCAAGGCUGGAUGAAACCCCUUCAUUUGCAAGAAGAACUCUGCUGUGGAUUGUAGGGAACAGAACAAGAUAGGAAUCCAUCUCUGAUAUCAGUUCUGGACUUUGAAUUGGCACGAGUAAAUCAUCUUUGACACUCAAAAAGUUUUUUUCCUUAGCAGUAAAACAAGAUUGCAUCUGUGAUCAUUUGAUCAAUUCAAAUCUUUGCAUCA